AUGCUCCUGCUGCUGCCACCACUCGGCAGCCAUUCAAGCUCUAGAGCACCCAGGCCUCUGCCAUCGCGCGCCCAGCAAGGCCCGGCAGCGCUGCGGCGGCGGAGCGAGUCCGGCAUGGCAACCGACGCGCACGCGCGCAGGGCUGCCAGCUCCGGGGACCUUUCGGUCGCGGACGAGUUGCCGCCCGGCCACGUCAGCGUGUCGGCGCAGUGCACGACGCACCAGCUGGUGCUGGGGCCGGAGGUCGUCCCUGAGGAGGUGCACGUGUGCCAGGAGAGGUACGACCCGCGCAGGCCGCAAUACGUAAAAAAGGCGACAUAUCUCGAGGUCCUGGACGGAGAGAUCCGCCUCCUGGCGCAGCAGCUCUCCAGCAUCGAGUCCAUGCUGGCCAGAAGGGAGAAGGCCGACCCGGACUCCCCGCCGGUGACUACCGGCGCAAGGCGUGCGAGCUGCGGCGCCUGGUGGACGCGGCUAGGGCGCUGCGGGCCGCGCUGGAGCCUACGCCGGUGGCGCCCGCGGCGGCUGUGA